AUGCUGAGACGCCUCGCUGUUAUAUCUGUGGCUUUUCAACUUACCGAAGCGUGUAUCAAACUUUACACGUUUUGGGAGACAGUCGAAGAUGCUCCUCGGGAGAUCAUUGCCAUCAAGGAAGACCUUCGCUUCCUGAUCUCAGUCUUCCAGAGAGUCGAAUCAAAUGACAACAAUCUUGGUGGUUGUCUAUCAGAAGGUGUACAACACUGCCGGGCCAAGAUUGCAGAUCUGACUCUCAUUGUUGAAAGAUUCGAUGGUGGUCUCUCAUCGCUGUCGCGGCGGCAACGUGUACGUACGGCUUUCAAAGCUGCCCUUCACAGCAAACAUAUCCAACGAUUCCGUGACUCGUUGAACGACACAAAGUCGACACUUACACUGGCUAUGGCCCACGAAAGGAAGUCGCAGAUCAUCAGAUCGCUGAUUCUAUACCCCACAAAAUGGCAACAGUACAUGGGCGUUCGGAUAACUCGCCCGGUCUCCGAUGACUCACUCAUCUUCGAGCUCUGCCGCACCGGUCAGAUUCGUGCUGUCGAAACGCUUUUGGAGAGAGGAAUGGCAAGCGUAGUAGACACGAGCCCUAAAGGAUGGAAGCCACUGCACUUUGCCGCCGCAGCAGGUCACGUCGAGCUUUGCGCUUUGUUAAUAAAGGCAGGCGCCGACAAGUCCGCACUGGUAUACGAAGGGCCAUCUGACGCGAUCUUAUCACCAGUAUCACUCUUCGUAGCAGCUUGUACCGAUGAGCAGGCUGAUAUCAAAAUCGCCAUGCUCAGACUCUUCUUUGAAUGCAUUGACAUAUCAGACACUGAAGGCGACGGUUGGUGUGUCCACGACUGGCUCAAGAGAGCAUAUGCAAGAGAACGAGUUCCAAUCUCGCGAAACAGUAUCACGUGGCUACUCAACCUUACUUUGAAUGAGCAAUACGUCGAAUUUAGCGUGCGCAAUGUCUGGUCCGCCCUGCAACACGCGAUGAGAUCUGUUCUCAACCAUGCGCAUCACAACAACUACCUUGAGCAAAUUCUCGGUCUUUCUAGCGAAGAGCGUAUGGAGAUCAGCAAGAGACACCUACACGCUAUGGGCUCUUGGCUCGCUCUACGUGUAAUCGGUCGAGUGGUCCUACCAAUGGCAGUGAACGCCGGCGCCUUCCUACAGAUGAAGGGCUUUGAUUGGAUGGAGGACAACCUCACACAUAAGCAAUACCUGCAAGCACUGCCUAGUAUCUACUCGGCUUGGUGUAGCGCAGUGUUGGACUGCAUUGAGCAGUUGAAAGUGUACAUGCGCGAAGAGCUCGAUGACUAUCUAUGCCGAAUGGGCAUGACACGAAGGACCUUCGUCCGUGUGCUGACUCAGGCCAAACAUAUCCCUCGCGGCGCUGGAAAGUCAUCAAGGACUGCAUGCACUCACUGCGGAGACGACUAUGGUCCAUUUGCUGGCGGACUGGUCGAACCUGCGCGUAUAGCCGUCACAGAAUGCGUCAAGUCCGGUCACAACUCGAACUGUGUCUGCGACACGAUUCAUAAAGGCUCGACGAUAUUAGAAGAGCUUCAGGACUAUACCGGAAUGCUUCAAACGGACGACAACGACGACGAUACGCGUGCGGAUGACGAGUUCUUCGACGCACAGCCGCACGUUUUCAAUGAUACCGACUUCCAAACCAAUCCCACAUCGAACAUGUUCACCGACAUAGCGACUUUACUUUACAGCGCUCAAGGCCGGAUCUGGCUCGGUGAACAUUCAAUCGGGGAGCGUCUGUGCUCGACCUGCCUGCUACUGAAGGAGAAGUACAUCGGCGAAGAUGGCCUGUCUGCUGACUUUCCACCUAUGCCGAGAAGUUUUGAAGGCCUGCGCGUGAAGUGGUGA